GGUUGAAUUUAAUAAUUACAUUCAAAAUCAAAUAUUAAAAGAAAGGCUGACGGCUGACCUCACCACCCUCUUCUAUAUAUCCCAACCUUUACCUCCAUUUUCUCCCUUCAAACAAUUCUACACAAUUCCUAUACCUUAAAAUUCCUCAUCAUCAAAACCACCUAAGGUUUUUUUCCAUCUUAGUACUACAAACCCCCAGCCCAGAGAAAAACCCAAGUAUCAAAAGCAUCGAAUGGGUGAGGUAAUUCACGGAAAUAUCCCCCUUUUUUUUGUCCACAAAUGCUUUCGUUGUUUAAAUAAUCCAUUCUCCGAUGUUCUCCUCCUGUUCUCAGUUUCAUUGAUUUCAUCAUAUCUGAUUAAUUACUAAUCCCCUCCCGGUUGAAUCCGUUCUGUGUUCCAGAAAGACGAUAAGAAGGGUGACGCGAAGAAUGAUGGACCAGAGAAGAAGGCCGCCGCCGACGGUGGCGGUGGCAAGAAGGACGACGGCCCAACCACCAUUGUGUUGAAGAUGGACUUACAUUGCGAAGGUUGCGCCAAGAAAGUCAAACGUGCUGUUAGAAAUUUCGGAGGUGUGGAAGAAGUCAAGACAGACUGCGACACCAACAAAAUAACAGUAAAAGGGAAUGUGGACCCGAGUUGGGUUCGGGAGAAAGUGGAACAAAAAUACAAGAAGAAGGUGGAGCUGGUCUCUCCUCAACCCAAAAAAGACGCCGGCGGAGGUGACAAGAAGGCCGACGAUAAAUCCGAUAAGAAACCUGCUGAUGACAAGAAGAAAGACGACGCCAACAAGAAACCCAAAGAGCCUCAAGUAAGCACUGUGGUGUUGAAGAUUAAGCUACACUGCGAUGGAUGUGCCCAGAAAAUCAAACGGAAAGUCAGAAAGUUUGACGGAGUCGAUGAAGUGAAAGUAGAUUCAGACAAGGAUCUGGUCACGGCGAAGGGAACAAUGGAUCCGAAGGAGCUGGCGAGCUACUUGAAAGACAUAACGAAAAGGCCGGUUGAUAUCGUCCCGCCGCCUAAGAAAGACGACGGAGGCGGCGAUAAGAAAGGAAAAGAAGGUGGCGGUGGCGGAGACAAGAAAGACGCUGAAAAGCCCAAAGAAGGUGGUGGUGGUGGUGGCGGAGACAAGAAGGACAAAGAAAAAGAAAGCGGUGGCGGCGGCGGGGAGAAGAAAAAAGACGGCGGUGAAGAUAAAGGUAAAAGUGUUGAGGAGUCAAAGGUUGAAAUCCACAAGUCGGAAUACCACGGGUAUGCUAGCACUAGUGGCACCGCCGUGCCGUACACCACCGGGUAUUACCAAUACGGUGUUCCGGCGUACAAUCACGCCUACGCAAUGCAAGAUUACGGCGUCCAGCCGGCGUACAAUUACCAAAUCCAAGAAUAUGGACACUCCGGCCACGUCGUGGAGUACCACCGCCCUCAUUACGAACCUCCGCCGCCUCCUCCGACGUUCUUACCGACUCACGAUCAAAUGUUCAGCGAUGAAAAUCCCAAUGCUUGCUCUCUCAUGUGAAAACGACAGCCCACCGGAUACACCAAUGUUUUGAGAUUAAUUAAAAAAUUGUAAAUAGAAAGAGAGAUUAUAUUUUUAAUUAAGGCGAAAAAAACAACAUUAAAGAAAAGAAAAUCUGUGGCCGAGGCAGGUUCGUAUAUAAGAGGACAAAAUUUUCCUUGUAAAAGAUAAUGCCAGUAGUUAGGUUCUUAUGGAAACGGUUAAACCGACGACUGGAUUAGGCAGGCACGGUUUAAUUAAGUUUUCAUUGGCUAAUUAAUCAGGUUUUUUUUUUUUUUUGAUGGGGCUUUGACUUAUAUGUCGAUCCAUAUUAUUAAUUUAUAUUUUCAGAAUUUCAACUAGCUCUUGUACCAUUUCAAUUUCAAUUAAUUAGAUUAUCUCGAAAAAUUUUGAAAACGAGGCAUGAUGUGUAAGCCUGCGGUUCAAUGGAGUCGGCAAUUUUAAUUUGUAUGAAUCUGCAAGAUGUAUUCAAAAAUAAUAAUUAUGUACAAAAGAGCUUACUUCAUUUGUCUUGUUCUUGGAUACAGCAAUACUUAUACAUAUUUUGGCUAAUUUUGGUGUCUUGUAAUUUAGCAAUUGUAGUCAUAUUUUUUCCGGUUACUUCGGUGGGUGGUGUCAUUAGUAUCGGGGGUCCAUAUUCAUUUGCGACAGAGACCAAUUUGGGAUCCGAAGCUCAUCAUGUUGUCCUGCUUGGAGUUCAUUACCCUAAUUAAGUUUACUUGUUGUGUAUUGUAAAAUUUGUAUUGCGACUACUAACUAGGGCUUUUGUCAAGCUGAAAAGAAUCACGAUACGGUAAAAUUAUAAAAGUUGUUUGUGAUCUUUAAUGCAAGCAGACUAGUUAGCUGAAUUCGACACUUGAGUCUUAGCUUUGGAUCGAGAUAGACAUAUCAAUCAAUCAUCGUACAAUGAUGACGUUAUUUUCUAUCUUCUAGCUAUCGUAGCAUCACAUUAUCAAAGUUUUGCGAGGGUAAAUAGCAGCCAAGGCAUAAUUAUCCUAGUCUCCUAGGAGCAUGUUGGGCUUCAAAUUACGUACGAGUGAAGAAAAUGAGGAUCCCUACAGAAAAGUGAGUUGCUUCCACGUCAAGGAGGACUUCUCAAAGGAGCUACCAAGGCUUAACUUAUCGUCCAAUAUAUAUCUAUCUUGGCCCCUGCAAUAAUACUCUCAUACAGCUAGC